GCUUAUACUUCAUACAAUUUAUCUUUUGAGACUUGAGAGUGAGAGAAUUUAAUUAUAAAGUGAACUGAUAUCAUUUGACUAAUUUAUUGUAUAUUGACACCAAAUUAUAAUGUCAAGUGACUGCAGACUACAUAUCAUUAAAAACUUAUUAUAUAAAGCAAAUGAUUAUUGUAAUCCGGAGUAUUUUUCUUAGAAUACAAAUCACGGAUUUAUAAUUCGAUGGAAUAAUUUGAUUUAAUGAUGAGUUAUCAAUAAAAAUAACGUACUUCACCAACCAAUCAAGAGAAAAUGUGAAAGAAACACUUGAGGUUGAGAUCUUCGCUACGUCACUAUAUCUAUUGUCUAGUUUCUAAAACCUUUGCAGUUGGCACAAGUCUUAAUUCUCCCCAAAAAAAUCUCGUACAAUCAACUAGUACUCUUUCCUCAAAAAAAUAAAAAACUACGGAGUAGUACUCUUUAUUUCAAGUAUUCUUAGUUCUUUUUUGAACAGAAAAAAAUUGAGGGAUGACUCCUAUGGAAGCAUGGCUAACUGAAUUGGAAAUGGAAGCAUCCUUUAAGGAGCAUCAACUCACAGUCGCUACUACUCUUGGCGAGGACUUUCCAAUCAUUCCUUGUCCUCCCCACGCGGCAGGCAACUCCGCCGCCGCCUCUUCGCAGGGAGAAUUUAGUUGCAAUGCUGUCAUGGAAACCCACCAUAUUUCCGAUAGGUGUGGAAAUGGAAAUAACAUUUACAGUAAUGAUAACGAUAACGAUAACGACAAUAAUGUCGAUAACAUUAUUGUAAACUCUAAUGUAUAUGGGCAAGAGAGUCAUCAACAAAAUAACAAGGAAGCAGUGAGUGUAGGUACCAAGAGGAAAAGACUACCACACAAAGUACAAGAUCAUAUUAUAGCCGAAAGGAGGCGUCGUGAAUUAAUCACUCAGAUGUUCAUCUCUCUUUCCACCAUUGUUCCUGGACUUAAGAAGGUUGAUAAAACAACGGUGUUAACAGAGACAAUCAAAUAUGUGAAGCAACUUCAAGAGAAAGUGAAGGUACUUGAAGAAAAGGCAGAUGAAAAGAAGGUUGUAGAGUCCAUGGUGGUUAUGGUAAAAUCCCGUAAAAUUACAGUCGAUAACGAUAAUGAUAAUGAUUCUUCCUCGGCCAUGGGUGACAAUUGUGCCGGUGGGAGUGGUGGUUGUAACUCCAAUAAUGGUGAUGGUAACAACGAUGAGAACGACACUAUCAAUCUUUCAUCACUGCCAGAAAUUGAAGUUAAGAAAUUGGGCGAGACCCUACUCUUAAAAGUGUGUUGUGCAAAGCAAAAAUGGAUUCUACCCAAGUUAUAUGCAGAGUUGUACAAACAUGAUUUAUGUAUUACACAUUCUAAUGUUACACCCUUUGAGAGCUUGGCCAUCAUUACCAUAAUCGCACAGAUUGGGAGGAAUUUCAAUAAGAAUGUGAAAGAUUUUGUUAAAACUCUAUGCACCACUCUCCGUGAACCCGUGACGGUUAACUAGCCACGUUAGUAGCCAUUAACCGCGCCAUGCAUAUAACGAAUUUUACUAUCGGAUGUAGAAUUAUUAAAUUGGUAGACCAUCAAUUUAAUGUAUAUCACGUUUUAUUUUCGGAGUUUUUUUUUUUGUUAGCAAUUUUAUGAAAAUGAAGGGACACGUGUUAUAUAACCUCAUCACUAGAUCAGCUUAUGUCACUUUUUUUUUCUAGGAAAAUCUGCUUAUGUCACUUGAUUAUUGUCAUUUAAAUAAUCAUCUAGUUUUUGGUC